UUAAGUGGACAGCUCUAUGUUUCAAGCACAGAAAGAGAAUGGCCAAGAUAUUGUGCAUUUUGUCUGCAAUAGUUUUUGUCGUGAAAACUGACGAUGUCAGCGAAUUUAAUGCAACUGUCCCAGCCGUUAACAUGACAUUGAACUCUACUGUUAACAGAACGAUAGCUUUUAAGACGCCUGUGUUCUCAUUAUUCUCCACCACCACCACAGCCAAUAAACCAGUUUUGGGAAAGAAAAAUAUGCGAAAGAAAAAUGCAGAUGACAAGCGCAUCGAUCAAGACGAGGAUGGAAAACAUGAAAACAAAAAUGGCACAGCAGACGCAAAGAAAGAACCUGACUGUCCCCCGCUGGGUCUGAAGUCACUGAGGGUUGAUGACAGCCAGUUCCAGGCUUCAUCCUACCUGCGCAUGGGACUUGGCCCUCACAGGGCAAGACUCAAUAUACAGUCAGGUAUCGAGGACGGAGACAUGUAUGAUGGCGCGUGGUGUGCUAAGUAUGAGGACCAGCACCAGUGGCUGCAGGUGGAUGCUCUGCGCCCCACGCUGUUCACAGGAGUCAUCCUGCAGGGACGCAACUCCAUCUGGAGCUGGGACUGGGUUGAAACCUACAAAGUGCAGCUGAGUAACGACACCGAGACCUGGAAGACCUGCAUGAACGGAACAGAGGAGGCGGUAUUUGUUGGAUCCCGAAAUGAACCUGAGACACCCUAUCUGGCCCUCUUCCCUCAGCCCGCGGUGGCUCGUUGGAUCCGCAUCAACCCCCAGACCUGGUACUGGAACGGGACAAUCUGUCUCAGAGCAGAGGUACUAGGAUGCCCCCUCCCAGAUCCGGACAACGUUUGGCAACACUUCUCUGAAAAACUGUCUGGCUCUAAAGAUAACCUGGACUUCAGACACCACAACUACAAGGAGAUGAGGAAGCUGAUGAAGGCUGUGAAUGAAGAAUGCCCUCGUAUCACUCGUAUCUAUACCAUUGGGAAGAGCUACACCGGACUGAAGCUGUACGUCAUGGAGAUCUCUGAUAACCCCGGAAAACAUGAACUAGGUGAGCCAGAGUUCCGCUAUGUGACAGGUAUGCAUGGCAACGAGGUGGUUGGCAGAGAGCUGGUGCUGAACCUCAUGCAGUACAUCUGUCGAGAGUUUAGACGGGGCAACCCACGCAUCGUCCGUCUGGUGACCACCACACGUAUCCACCUACUGCCGUCUAUGAACCCCGAUGGAUACGAAACAGCCUUUGAAAAGGGGUCAGAGCUGGCAGGUUGGGCUCUGGGGCGCUACAGCUACGAGUGGGUCGAUAUGAACCACAACUUCCCCGACCUGAACAAUAUCAUGUGGGACGCCAAGGAGAAUGACACAGACAUGGUUAAAACAGCCAACCACUACAUCCCCAUACCAGAGUACUACACUAAAGAGGAUGCCUUCGUGACCCCAGAGACACGUGCGGUCAUCAGCUGGAUGCAGGACAUCCCCUUUGUCCUGAGUGCCAACCUCCACGGGGGAGAACUGGUGGUUACCUACCCCUUUGACUGCACCCGGGACUGGGCCCCUCAGGAAAACACCCCUACAGCUGACGAUAGUUUCUUCCGCUGGCUGGCCACGGUCUACGCCUCCACCAACCUGGUCAUGGCCAACCCUGAUAGGAGGAUCUGCCACUCUGAAGAUUUCCAACAGCACAACAACAUCAUUAACGGAGGAGCCUGGCACACCGUCCCUGGGAGUAUGAAUGACUUCAGCUACAUGCACACUAACUGCUUUGAGGUGACGGUGGAGCUGUCGUGUGACAAGUUUCCUCACGCCAGCGAGCUUCCUACAGAGUGGGAGAACAACAAGGAGUCUCUGCUUGUCUACAUGGAGCAGGUUCACAGAGGCAUCAAGGGAGUGGUGAGAGACAAGAUGACGAAGAAAGGCAUUGCAGACGCCAUUGUGAAAGUGGAAGACCUGGACCACGACAUACGAUCAGCGGCUGAUGGGGACUACUGGCGUCUGUUGAAUCCCGGGGAAUACAAAGUCACGGUGUGGGCGGAGGGAUACUUUCCCUCCGUGAGGCGGUGCAACGUCGGGACCGAAGCACGCCCCACCAUCUGUGACUUCAUCUUGACCAAGACUCCACGGCAGAGGAUGAACGAGAUCCUAGCUAAAGGAGGGAGGUUACCCCAGGAUCUCCAACUGAAGCUGAGAGCACUGAGGCUCCGGAAACUAAGAGCCUCCACCAAGGCCAUCAAUCAGCGGAGGAAGAACAGCCGCAAGGCCAGGGGAACACGGUUCGCUAGGGCACCACGCCCUCUCACACCCCUGGCCUGAGAGACCGCGUCUCUAAUGACACCCUAUUCCCCACAUGGCUCUGGUCUAAAGUAGUGCACUAUAUAGGGAAUAGGGUGCCAUAGGGCUCUGGUCAAAAGAAGUGCACUAUAUAAAGGGAAUAGGGUGCCAUAGGGC